UCCCCUCUGCCUGAGAAUGACCCUGGGGUGGCCAUGCUGAGAUUGUCCCUCACCCUGGGUAUAGAAAUAUCCUAGUCUCCAGCUCCUCCUUCUUAGGAUGCAAGGGGCCCCCAUGCUCCGAGCCACCGUCCAGGAUGGCCUCUGCCGCCUGUCCACCUACUUGGAAGAACUUGAGGCCAUGGAACUGAAGAAGUUCAAGUUGUACCUGGGCACCACGACGGAGCUCGGAGAGGACAAGAUCCCUUGGGGACGAAUGGAGACAGCUGGUCCCCUGGACAUGGCCCAGCUGCUCACGGCCCAUUUUGGGACCGAGGGGGCCUGGCAGCUGGCUCUCAGCAUCUUUGAUCGGAUCAACAGGAAGGACCUGUGGGAGAGAGGACAGAGGGAGGACCGGGUGAGGGAUAUUCCUCUUGGUAGCCUGAUCUCACUUGGGACCCAGUCAACAUGCCUUCCGGAAGUUUCUCCUAGCAUUCCAAGAAAAGGUCCCCAGGAACUGUACCGGGACCACGUGCGCAGGCAGUUCCGGUUGAUGGAAGACCGCAACGCGCGCCUGGGAGAGUGCGUCAACCUCAGCCACCGGUACACGCGGCUCCUCCUGGUAAAGGAACACUCCACUCCCAUGUGGGCCCAGCAGAAGCUUUUGGACAUAGGCUGGGGACACGCGAGAACCGUGGGACACCAAGCCAGCCCCAUCCAGAUGGAGACCCUCUUUGAGCCGGACGAGGAGCGUCCUGAGCCACCGCGCACCGUUGUCUUGCAGGGAGCAGCGGGGAUGGGAAAGUCCAUGCUGGCGCACAAGGUGAUGUUGGACUGGGCGGACGGGAAGCUCUUCCAGGGCCGCUUUGAUUACGUCUUCUACAUCAACUGCAGGGAGAUGAACCAGAGCGCCACCCAGCAGAGCGCGCGGGACCUCCUCUGCAGCUGCUGGCCCGAGCCCGGCGCGCCCCUCCGGGAGCUGGUCCAGACUCCAGAGCGCCUCCUAUUCAUCAUUGACGGCUUCGACGAGCUCAAGCCUUCUUUCCACGACCCUCAGGGACCCUGGUGCCUCUGCUGGGAGGAAAAACGGCCCGUGGAGCUUCUCCUUAGCAGCCUGAUCCGGAAGAAGGUACUCCCGGAGCUGUCUCUGCUCAUCACCACGCGGCCAACGGCCUUGCCGAAGCUCCACCGCUUGCUCCAGCACCCCAGGCAUGUGGAGAUCCUGGGCUUCUCCGAGGCAGAAAGGAAGGAGUAUUUCCACAAGUAUUUCCACAACGCCGAGCAGGCGAGCCAGGUCUUCAACUUCGUAAGGGACAACGAGCCCCUCUUCACCAUGUGUUUUGUCCCCUUAGUGUGCUGGGUGGUUUGCACCUGCCUGAAGCAGCAGCUGGAGGGCGGGGGGCUCUUAAGACAGACGUCCAGGACCACCACUGCAGUGUACAUGCUCUACCUUCUGAGUCUGAUGCAACCCACGCCCGGGACCCCAUCCCUCCGAGGGCUGUGCUCCUUGGCCGCAGAUGGCCUCUGGAAUCAGAAAAUCCUAUUUGAGGAGCAGGACCUCUGGAAACAUGGCCUGGAUAUAGCCGAUGUCUCAGCCUUCCUCAAUAUGAACAUCUUCCAGAAGGAUAUCAACUGCGAGAAGUACUACAGCUUCAUCCACCUGAGUUUCCAGGAAUUCUUUGCGGCCAUGUACUACAUCCUGGAUGGUGGGGAGCAUGGGGUGGGCCCAGAACACAGCCUGACCAGGCUGUUGGCAGAAUAUGCGUUUUCAGAAAGGAGCUUCUUGGCACUCACUGUCCGCUUCCUGUUUGGACUCCUGAACGAGGAGACAAGAAGCUACCUGGAGAAGAAUCUCUGCUGGAAGGUCUCACCUGACAUCAAGGUGGCACUCCUGGACUGGAUCCAAAGCAAAGCCCAGAGUGAGGGCUCCACCCUGCAGCAGGGCUCCUUGGAGUUGUUCAGCUGUUUGUACGAGAUCCAGGAGGAGGAAUUUAUCCAACGGGCCCUGAGUCACUUCCAAGUGGUGGUGGUCAGCAACAUCACCUCCAAGAUGGAUCACAUGGUUUCCUCGUUUUGCGUGAAGAACUGCAGGAGUGCCCUGGUGCUGCACCUGCAUGGGGACACCUACAGCACUGACGAAGACCCUGGGGCAGGGUGGACGCCGGGGACCGAGGCGCUGGUGGAGCAGUCACCAGAGAGGAACGUUCUACUUGAUGCCUACAGUCAACACCUGGCUGCGGCCUUAUGCACCAACCCUGAUCUGGUAGAGCUGGGCUUGUACCGCAAUGCCCUGGGAAGCCAAGGGGUGAAGCUGCUCUGCCAAGGCCUCAGACACCCUGGGUGCAGACUCCAGAACCUGAGGCUGAAGAGGUGCCAAGUCUCCAGCUCUGCCUGCCGGGACCUGGCAGCCGCUCUUACAGCCAAUAAGAAUCUAAUAAGGAUGGAUCUCAGCGGCAACAGCCUUGGACUUCCAGGCAUGAAACUGCUUUGUGAGGGGCUGCAGCAUCCCCAGUGCAGGCUGCAGAUGGUCCAGUUAAAGAUUUGCCAUCUCACUGCUGCUGCCUGUGAAGAUCUGGCCUCGACCCUGAGUGUGAACCAGAACCUGAUGGAGCUGGACCUUAGCCUGAAUGAGCUGGGGGACCCCGGGGUGCAGCUGCUGUGCGAGGGGCUCAGGCUUCCCACAUGCAAACUCCAGACCCUCCGGUUGGGCAUCUGCCGGCUGGGCUCCGGGGCCUGCAGGGCACUCUCUGACGUGCUCCAAGCCAACCCCCACCUCCGGGAACUGGACCUGAGUUUCAAUGACUUGGGGGACUGGGGCCUGUGGCUGCUGAGCCAGGGGAUAGGACAUUCCACCUGCAAGCUGCAAAAACUGUGGCUGGACAGCUGUGGCCUCACAGCUAAAGCAUGCAGGGAUCUCUAUUCCACCCUGGGGAUCAACCAGACCCUGACUGAGCUUUAUCUGACCAACAAUGCCCUGGGGGACUCAGGUGUCCGGCUACUGUGCAAGCGUCUGAGCCAUCCCAGCUGCAAACUCCGAGUCCUCUGGUUGUUUGGAAUGGACCUGAACAAGGUGACCCACAGUAGGCUGGCAGCACUUCGAUUAACAAAACCUUACUUAGACAUUGGCUGCUGAGAGGCCCUGCCAGCUCCUGUCUCCCAGAGGUUGGGACAGGGGAAGAUGGGAGUCAUCUAUCUUCACAACACAGUGUAAGGAUCUGGUGCUUUAAUUCUUCAAGGGACAAAUGCCACCUGCAGAUCUGCUGGGGAUAGAAGUAACCAGUGUCUGAUGCAGCUUUCAUUUUGAUGAUGCUGGUGCACACGAAGAGCUCAGGGCAAGGCAUGACGACUGGGAGAGGCUUGAAGGAUAGUGACCGGAGAUGAGAAAGCUAGGACUACUGCAGAGCAGGGGCUCUUUGAGGAGGGCAAUCCUGCCCCCUAGAAAGUUGGGUUGCCAGCAUCGGAAGUUUUACCGUGGGCUGGAUACCACUGCCAUCUAGCGGACAUAGGGAGGAACUGCGUCUCAACAACCU